CGCGCCGCGGCGCGCUCGGGCCUUCGAGCCGACAUGGGCGCCGCCGCGUGGGCAUGGCCGCCCUUGCCGCUGUGUGCGUCUCUUCUGCUGCUGCUUCUGCCGCUCCCGGGGCUGCCCGCGGGCUCCUGGGAUCCGGCCGGUUACCUGCUCUACUGCCCAUGCAUGGGGCGCUUCGGGAACCAGGCUGAUCACUUCUUGGGCUCCCUGGCAUUUGCAAAGCUGUUGAACCGCACCUUGGCUGUACCCCCUUGGAUUGAGUACCAGCAUCACAAGCCUCCCUUUACCAAUAUCCAUGUGUCCUACCAGAAGUACUUCAAGCUGGAGCCACUCCAAGCCUACCAUCGGGUCAUCAGCCUAGAGGACUUCAUGGAGAAGCUGGCACCCACCCAUUGGCCCCCUGAGAAGCGGGUGGCGUACUGCUUUGAAGUGGCAGCCCAGAGAAGCCCUGACAAGAAGACAUGCCCGAUGAAGGAAGGAAACCCUUUUGGCCCAUUUUGGGAUCAGUUUCAUGUGAGUUUCAACAAGUCAGAGCUCUUUGCAGGCAUUUCCUUCAGCGCUUCCUACAAAGACCAGUGGAUCCAGAGAUUUUCUCCAAAGGAGCAUCCUGUGCUGGCCCUGCCAGGGGCCCCAGCCCAGUUCCCCGUCCUGGAGGAGCAUAGGCCACUGCAGAAGUACAUGGUAUGGUCAGACGAGAUGGUGAGGACAGGAGAGGCCCAGAUCCAUGCCCACCUCAGCCGGCCCUACGUUGGUGUUCACCUGCGCAUUGGCUCUGACUGGAAGAACGCCUGUGCCAUGCUCAAGGACGGGACUGCGGGCUCCCACUUCAUGGCCUCUCCGCAGUGUGUGGGCUACAGCCGCGGCACAGCUGCCCCUCUCACCAUGACUAUGUGCCUCCCGGACCUGAAGGAAAUCAAGCGGGCCAUAAAGCUCUGGGUGAGGGCGCUCAGCGCCCAGUCUGUCUACAUCGCCACGGAUUCUGAGAGUUAUGUGCCUGAGAUCCAACAGCUCCUCAAAGGGAAGGUGAAGGUGGUGAGCCUGAAGCCUGAGGUGGCCCAGAUCGACCUGUACAUCCUUGGCCAAGCCGACCACUUUAUUGGCAACUGUGUCUCCUCCUUCACCGCGUUCGUGAAACGAGAACGAGACCUCCAGGGUAGGCCGUCCUCUUUCUUUGGCAUGGACAGGCCCCCGCAGCUGCGGGACGAGUUCUGACCCUGGCUGGAGCGCAUCGCCAGUCCCCGCCGCUCCCUCCAGCCAGCCUGGCAGCCAGAGCACCUCCCAGGAUUGAUCCCCAAAAGGGCAAGCUUCUCUUUUCGGCUGCCAAGGACAGAAAAAAGUACCCAGGACUUCCUGAAGGAGGAAGAUGGUCCAACUUCCAGGGUACAGGACUUCCAAGCUCUUAGGGGCCAGACCAUCUCCCCUGCUUCUGUGCUUCCUGGCUGUUUCUCCUGGGAGUUUCUCAUACCAGCAAAGCGGUCUGUCCACUGUGUUUUGGUCUACCCUGCACUGAGCAGUCUGGGAUGCUGACUUCUCUUCAAAGAGAUUAUAUAUACACCAAGAGGGAGAUUUUUAUAGUUUUUGUACAAAGUCAUGACUAACCUAGAACUCUCCUUCAUUUUAAGAAAAUCGGAGUUCAUUAACAUAGGUACCUAAAGUGACCUUAACUGAAUGUAGAUGAGGCCAGGGGUGGGACAGGGGUGUUUACCACUUCUCCGUAUGACCUCCAGACUCAUCCCCACUGCCUGGCCAGAGCCACUGUGGACCCCAGCUCUUGGUCCCUUUUCAGGGUUUGAGGCAUGAACACUGUCCUUCAUUGUAAACACUAUGCAAAUAGAAGGUCUCCGUCAUGGUGCCCUACAGAGCUCCACAGACGGCCUAGUGCUGCUCACACAGCACACUCCCUGCAAGGAGCACAUGCCGUCAAGCCAGACUGUCACGGCCCUGGUCUUAGAACCUCUUGGUAGUUGGUGGGCUACCACUAACCUGGCACCAUCAGGAUCUUAGAACACAUCACCAGGGGCCAGGGCUCACUGGCCUGACGGGAUCCUUCCGAAGGCUGCCGCCUCCUCUUCUGAUCUCUUGUCUCAGGGGCCCGGUUGUAGAAUUUUUCCAUUAAGUUGGUAUCCAUGGCCUGUCCUCCCAGCCUUUCGCCUGCAGCUGGAGCCCUCAGACUAUAUUCUCACAAGGGAGUAUUUGCUAAGCCUCUGACCAGACAAGAUGCCUCAGACCAGGAGUCACUGGAGUCCCAGUUUGGAAGGAACUUUUGCCCCUUUCUAUCCAGUGUAAUCUCUGAUCCCAUGAGGUUUACUCGUUUCUUUUUCUCUCAGAUGCUGUGGUUGUAAUAAUCCAUGACUCCUGUGAGUCUGACUUUUUGGCGUUGUGGCUCUAAUUUUCAAGUCUAACACCUGCUCAUUUCUCGCAAUGACGUGACUUCUCUUGGUCUUCGAUCCCAGGCAGGUGGAGGAGACUGUCGUGAGAGCCAGGCCCAGGGCUUCAGUCAGGGACUCUUUCCUUGGGUCACAUUUGAGAAGAGCACUUUUUUCAUCAGGGCAGGCCAGGGCAGAGGUUGUGAAGCGGCCACGGUGUCAAACACCAGAGGUGACAUUUAUUGCUUAGAGCUGCUGCCCAACUCUAAGCAGGAAGAACUGAAGAGAAAAGGCUUUUACAUUUUCCCUCUUGGGGAAACAGUGAAAUGUUUUACGUCCUAAGUGGACUCUGAGAGAUGGUUUAUCUAUUCAGACUUGCCCACUAGCCUUAUUCAGAGACACGGAGCCUGUGUGCCCGUGCCUCCGUUAGCUGCUUAGGAAAGUGUAGCUCACUGGCUGAUUUCCUUUGCUGGAUUCAUUUGCCCAUCACAGCUACGCAUUAGGCACAUGCGUUAGAGCCUGGGCUCUAAGGGGCCUUCCAGAUCAUGCUGAUUAGCAUCAGCUGUAAUAAUAGCUGUUUCCGGGGGAGAGGGCACCAGAGUUGUAGUCAGAUUCAGUGUGUUCUGUACACAAGCAUGUUAUUCCUCUUUGACCCAGUUCUCUCACCUAUAAAAUGGUGAUAAAAGUGGCUGGGUUGUUGAAGGGCUCAAAUCAGAUAAAGCAUGUAAAGGAGCACAUUGUAAACUUGAAAGAGACAAAGGCACCUUGGUGACGGUUGAUUAUUUUGACUGCUUCUUGCCACACACCUACUCUGCAGGCGCUGUGCUUGUUCGGUGAUUUAUGGGCAGGUUCUGAUUUAGUCCUCCCCUGGACCCAGCCCGGCCCUGGGAAGUAGAAACUACUGUUAUUAUCCUCUUCCUGCACAAGGCAAAACUAAUUACCAGAAAGUCCUCCGUUUUCCCAAGGCCACACAGCUGGUGGCAGUAAGCCAGCAUCUGACCUCCCAAAGCCAGUGCUGGCAGCCACCAUGCUCUGCUGCCCACAGUUCACAGCACACCCUUUACUCCCAGGGGCCUCUGCUGUGGGUUGGCUGCUGCCAGGAGGGUUCGGGGAGGGGGAGAUCGCCCAAAAAACAGGCAGCCACGUGAAGCUCAUAGUCCCCUUGGCUAGUUAUUCCACAUCCUUUCAGUAACAGGUAUUUAUUGAUCAACUACUAUGUGCCAGGCUCUGUGCUAGGUACUAGGGUUUCAGCAGGGAAUCAGAUACAAAAGUCUUUGUUCUCAAGGAAUUUGCAUUCUAGUAAGUGGGCAGCACAGUAAGGAAGUGUACUGUGGGGGUUGCUGACUAAGUGCUGUGAAGGAAAAUAAAGGGCAUGAGGGUGACGAGGGGGAGCAGUGCUGUGUUAGGUACAGAGCGCAGCUAAGGCCUCUGAAGCCG